AGGAAGACCACGACGACGAGAAGGGGACCCGAGAGAGGGGGUGAGAGACCGAGCGCGGCAACGUGGGGCGAGUGUGGUGUAAAGGAAUUCAUUAGCCAUGGAUGUAUUCAUGAAAGGACUUUCAAAGGCCAAGGAGGGAGUCGUGGCUGCUGCUGAAAAAACCAAACAGGGUGUGGCAGAAGCAGCAGGAAAGACAAAAGAAGGUGUUCUCUAUGUAGGCUCCAAAACCAAGGAAGGAGUGGUUCAUGGUGUGACAACAGUGGCUGAGAAGACCAAAGAGCAAGUGACAAAUGUUGGUGAGGCGGUGGUCACAGGGGUGACAGCAGUAGCACAGAAGACCGUGGAGGGAGCAGGGAGCAUCGCAGCUGCCACUGGCUUUGGCAAAAAGGAUCAGCUGGGCAAGAGUGAAGAAGGAGGCCCACAGGAGGGAAUUCUGGAAGAUAUGCCUGUUGAUCCUGACAAUGAGGCAUAUGAAAUGCCUUCUGAGGAAGGGUAUCAAGACUAUGAACCCGAAGCCUAAGAAAUACUUUUGCUCCCAGUUUCUUGAGACCUACUGAAAGAUGUUCCAUCCUGUACAAGUACUCAGUUCCAACAUGCCCAGUCAUGAUAUUUUCUCAAAGUUUUUACAGUGUAUUUUAAACUCUUCCAUCAGCAGUGAUUGAAGUUAUCUGUACCUGCCCCUACUCAGCAUUUCAGUGCUUCCCUCUCACUGAAGUGAUUAAUGGUAGCAGGGUCCUUGUGUGCUAUGUGAUACUGUGGCUUCAAAUCUAAAAUGUUAAAUUAAAACACCUAAGUGACUACCACUUAUUUCUAAAUCUUCACUAUUUUUGUUGCUGUUAUUGAGAAGUUGUGAUUUACUAUCGUAUACUAUAAGAUUUCUAGGUGUCUUUUAAUGAUUAUUUCUGUUUAAAAAUAAUGAUGUGUUGUGAAAUUUGUUAAUAUAUAAUACUUUAAAACGUGAGCAUGAAACUAUGCACCUAUAAAUAUUAACUAUGAA